CAGUAAAGUUGUGCGCAGGAAGCAUAAAUCUUAAUAAUGAAUCAAGAUCUUCUAACGGCAGUAUUAGUGGGAUUGCUAGCACGCGGUGAGAGUCAACCGCAGCGUCAACGGCAACACCAGCGUCAACACCAGCGUCAACAGCAACAGCAACAGCAGCGUCAACACCACCAACAAAGACGUUGGCGUAAAGGACGCCGAUGGCAAGCAGGAACCGUCAACCGGCAAUAUGACGAAAACAGCCGAUUGCAAUGUGAAAACCGCCGUCGACAAGAUGAAAAUCGCCGACGGCUGGUUGAAAACCGCCGGCGGCAUGAUGAAAACCGCCGACGGCAGGAGGAGAACCGCCGACGGCAUGCGGAAAACCUCCGUCGGCAGGAGGAGAGCCGAAGUGUGCUGGCGCCGACAGUAGAAAACGGUGUUGCAGCAAUAAAUAAUAGAAAUAAGGAAGUUAGUGCAGGUGGUAUCACAAUGGGCCAUUAA